AUGAGGAAUCACACACUGUUAAAUGAGUUCAUUCUGCUGGGAAUACCACAGACAGAGGGACUGGAAUCUCUGCUCUUCGUUGUCUUCUCGCUCAUCUACCUCUUCACCCUGCUUGGAAAUUUACUCAUCCUUAUAGCAAUCAUCUCUUCCUCUACCCUUCACACCCCCAUGUAUUUCUUCUUGGGACUCCUGUCGAUUUUUGACAUGCUGUUCCCAUCAGUCACCUGCCCCAAGAUGCUCUGCUAUCUCUCUGGCCAGAGCCGAGCCAUCCCUUAUGAAGGAUGUGCGGCACAACUUUUCUUCUAUCACUUUUUGGGCUCCACUGAAGGCUGCCUCUAUUCUGUCAUGGCCUAUGACCGCUUCGUUGCCAUCUGUCACCCACUGAGGUACAUGCUCAUCAUGAAACCUGGAGUCUGUAUGACCUUGGUCUUGGUAGCCUGGGUGGUGGGUGGCCUCCAGGCCACCACCUUGACCUUCUUUACCUUUCAGGUAACCUACUGUGGCCCCAAUCAGGUGGGCCACUUCUUCUGCGACAUUCCUGCUAUUUUACCUCUGGCUUGUACUGACAGCUCCCUGGCCCAGACAGUGGGGUCCACUAAUGUUGGCUUUCUGGCAUUAAUGCUUUUAUUCACAGUUUGUGUAUCCUAUACACGUAUUGCAAUUGCCAUUUUGAGAAUUCGUUCAGCAGAGGGGAGGCGGAAAGCUUUCUCUACUUGCAGUGCCCACCUCACUGCAAUCCUCUGUGCCUAUGGACCUGUAAUCAUCAUCUACCUGCAGCCCACACCCAAUCCCUUGCUUGGUGCUGUGGUGCAAAUACUAAACAACAUUGUGUCACCAAUGCUGAACUCCUUAAUUUAUUCCUUAAGGAACAAGGAAGUGAAAAGGUCCCUGAAAAGGGUAUUCCAAAAUGCUGUACUUAUCAUUUGA